AUGCUGUGGGACUUGGUGGAUGAAUACCGCCAGCCCACUGCAGACCCAAGGCAUACACCACCAAGUCAUCGUUAUAAUCGCCGCCAUGGAGAUACCGAAGAAAGCCCCCAAAGGCAAGCCCUCAGACAAACCGCCCAGGAGACCAUGAACGUUCUCCCAGGUCUUCUGAAUCACCUCAACUCUGCCAAUGAGGCCCACAAAUCUAAGAAAUUAUCCUCGAAUAUCAUCAGAGCCUUGCACCCAAACAACUGCCCGCGCUUCCCAUCGCCCGCGACGAUCAAAGUCAUCAACGACGAUACCCUCAACGUGGCCGUCAGAUUGUUUGAAUCUACACGAACACACCGUCUCAAUCCAAGCCCCGCGAACCCCCGGCCAAUAAUCAUAAACUUCGCCAGCCACCGAAAACCAGGCGGAGGUUGGCUAAACGGCGCGAUGGCACAAGAAGAAUCACUCUGCUACCGUAGCUCCUUGGCGCUCAGCCUCCACAGCAGGGAUUACCCGCUCGCUCUCGACGAGUCGAUUUACAGCCCCUACGUGCUGGUUAUGCGGAGUGACCUGGCCUCCGGACAUACCCUGCUAGCGUCUCCCUCCACUCCACCAGAGGAUCUUCCUGUUGUUAGUGGGAUUACGAUCGCGGCUCUCUAUCGACCUGCAGUUCGGACACUGGUGGCGAGGGAUCCCCAGAUAGGGCGACGUGGCCACAGCCCACGCUCACACCACAGCUCACCUUCAGCCUCACCAUCCUGUCGACGAACUCAACAAGUUUUUGCGCGCGAUAAGGACCGCAACCUUACCAAAUCAAAAAUGAGGCAGUCGCUCCGUAUUGCAGCAGCCAAUGGGCACGGGAUGUUAGUCCUUGGAGCUUUGGGCUGUGGGGUGUAUUCAAAUCCCCCUGCUGAGGUUGCGCACUGCUGGCUCGAGGUUCUGAGGGAGAAUGAGUUUCGUGGGAACUGGUGGCGGGAGGUGUGCUUUGCUGUCUAUGAUCCGAAGAACGAAGGCAACUUUGCGACCUUUGAACGGGUGUUGGCUGGGAAGAAGGUCUAA